GAUUGGGUACAUCUAUCUUGGCAUUUUCUGCGGUAUAUAGCUUGUACUUUGGCACAAUUAAUUGUGAAGUCUUGCAAUUUUUCAAGUUCAAUAUUCUCGCAGUCAUGGCCACAAGAACCUACUCAUUAGCAGAAGUACUUGCUGUCGCUGAAAAUCAUCCUUUUUACAAUGAGAGUAUUUUGUACCCAGCCGAUUCAAAAACAGUUACGAAACUUCAGGAGUCCGCUAUUAGUAAGGCCAAAGAAAUAAAUUUCCAACAACAACCAUUACUCGACAAGAAAGUACUAUAUAAAGCAAUUAAACGGCUUACUCAUGACAAGGAUUCAAGGAAUACCUAUCUUCAUAGCUCCUACACGAGUAUUACUGGAGGUGGAUCUGGUGCGGUUCCGAUGAUGUUUGCUGUAGACGUGUAUGAGAAUCGUCGACAACGGGCUCGAAUGGGAGAUUUGCUGAGAGUCUGUGGUGUGAUUGAACCAAAAGACUUGGUGUUAUCUACUCACUUGUCUGGAGGAUUUUACAGAUCGCUGGAUUUGAUAAUAGAAAUCAUAGAAAAUGCAGGAGGAACUGUGCUCUGCGCCGGCGCUUACAUGCCACCCACCGAUGUUGUCCAGUCUCUAGCUAACUAUCAUGUGAACGUUCUCACUGGCGACGGCAGCCAAAUUGUUCAAACCGUCCAACACAUCUCCACAAUGGCUAAAGAUGACCGUGAACGUAUCGUUUUGGACAAGAUCAUCUACACCUCGGAGCCAUUGACCGGUCCUCAACGUGUGUUUAUCAAGUCUGUACUGGGUGAUGUUGAUAUUUUCUCCAUAAUGGGCAGUGCUGAAGCUGGUCCUUGGGCAAUCAGCAGUCCAAAGCUGACUGGAGAGCAAGAUAUCAAAGAAAUUGCCACUGACUUUGUCUUUGAUACGAGAAGUAUGUUACUCGAGAUCUUUCCCCCUUCCGUUAGUGAUAUAACUCCACUCGUUUCCGAAUGCCUUCCGCAGGGAGAGAAAGGUCUCAUAGUACAAACUUCGCUCCAAAGAUUGCGCAACCCACUAGUACGCUAUAUCACCGGUGACAUUGGCUCCAUUCAUCCACUUCCGGAUACUGCAUCUACUAUAGUGCCUGAGCUCGACCGGAAAUUCCUACGUAUUCUGCGUAUGCAAGGGCGUGAUCGUAGGUUUAGCUUUGAGUGGUUUGCUGGCUAUUUCGAGUUUCAGAAAGUUGAGACUCUAAUGCGAGAAGAAGAUUAUGGUAUCUUGCAAUGGCAAAUCAUCUUGGACCGGCUAGAUGAUACACCGCAAGCGAGUCUAGAAAUUCGUUUGCUUCGAUCACCUCCAAGAGAUGACAUUGUCUCCGUUCAAACUUUAACUGAACGAUUAGAGAAGUUUUUCCUCAUUAUACCGGAAAAUAAACAUCUGGCACGAAUUGUUUUCCUGGAUAGUUUGGAUGGGUUCGAGCGAAGCAUUACUGCGGGAAAAGUUAUUAAGUUUGUGGACCGUUGGCAUUGAGUUGUGUUUGAAUGCUGGAAUAUUGAGCGUUUCUAAUCGUUAAGAUUACGGAGUUGCGAACCGCUGGUGAAAUUGUGAUUCAAAAUAUAACAAGUCAGAGCAAACAUAAUCCAAAUUGAUGCCGUUACAGACCGAUGUGUGCUCGAAUGAUCUGCUCUAGUUCCUUGAAUUAUGCUAUCUGCUGAUGCAAACGAUUGACGAUGUUGAUUUACAAAUAAUGUAGUUUAUUA